AUGAUGAGGCUUUGUAAUUGCAAUAUUUCGACGCUCACCAUCUUUCUCUAUCUCGUCGCGUGCUUCUUCAGCAGCACCACUAAGGGAGACUAUAAAUCUGAAUUCAUGAGACCACAGAACGCGGCCCGCAGAGCGACCCGUGCUGGGCUGGCCCCAUUGGUAUGGGAUGCCAAGUUGGAAAAUUACGCUCUCACAUACGCAAAAACGAGACGUGGGGACUGUGCCCUGCAGCAUUCGGGCGGGCCCUACGGCGAGAACAUAUUCUGGGGCAGCGGAGAUGGUUCUGGUUGGCCACCUGCCCAGGCGUCUUCCGACUGGGCGUCGGAGGUCAAGUAUUACCAUUAUUCCGACAAUUCGUGCGACCAAGGGCAUGAAUGCGGGCAUUAUACGCAGAUUGUGUGGAGGGAGACGAAGAGGAUUGGGUGCGCGAGGGUCGUUUGUUUCAAUAAUAAGGGUGUUUUCAUGAUUUGUAGCUAUGACCCACCCGGGAAUUACAUUGGGGAGAAGCCAUAUUGA